AUGAUGAGGUCGGCAGACAGGCAAGGGCAGAAUUAUAAUGAAGCAUGUGUAUACGUGACAAUCGAAGAUAUAAACGAAGAAUCAACUAUUGUGGAAUUGAAAAAUAAAAUGAAAAAACGGUUUACGCCGCUACGAAAAAUUCAAUUUCGUGUUAGUCUAAAUGGUCGAUUUCCAUUGGAGGAAGAACAACGGUUACAAGAAUGUGGCCUGGUUAAUGGAGAUACGAUCUAUGUUUUAUUGACCGAACAACAAUUAAAUGAUUCAACACCUUUCACUGCGAUUUCACCAUUGACAAUAACCACGUCAUCAUCACUCAGUAGUAUCUCAUCUCCACUAUCAUCUUCUAGUUGUAACAGUAACACAAAUAUGAAUCGGAUAAAAUCGUCCAGCGAUAUCCUAACUCAACCACUGACAUUAGACGAAGUUCGAGAUAAUAAAUUAUAUCCAACUAUAAUGCAUAAAUUAUUUGAACAUUCAAAGCCACAAAAUGAUCUUGAUUUUAUUGUAUUAGCUAUUCAUGCUCUCAUGUUGGAAAAUGGCUUUCAAAUGGUUGCUGAUAAUGAUUAUGAUUUAACAUCGUCUAAAAAAUCCAGUACAUUUUAUGUGAUUCGCUAUCGUCACAAAUUAUGUGAAGAAGAAAAUUUACGUUGUUGUUUAGCUAUUAUGAAAACCGAUACAUUGGUAACAAUAGAUGGUGUGAUUAAUUCAAUAUCUCGAGCAUGUGGCAAAUUAUUACUCAAAGCAUCAAAUUAUUUAUAUACGCAAAAAGAGAGUAUGUUUUCUCAUUGUUUUUCUUUCUCUUGAUAAUCUUUUUUUUGUAUUUAUUAGUAUCAGCAUCACAAUCAC